UGCGUGCGGCCCAGCGCUUUAACGCGGUUUAACGCGGUUUAACGGCAGCAGCCGUCGCCAUGGAGACGCCGCCGCCACCCGGCGAGCCCCGCGCGCGCGCCCGGUGACCUCGAGGCGCCGCCCCGUGCCCGGCGCGUGACGUUUCGCAGCGCGGCGGCGGCGGCACCGGAUCGGACCCGAUCGGAUCGGAUCGAGGGGAGAGACCCGAGUCAAGCGAGCGGAGGCCGCGGUUCGCUGUCCUCCGCCGCCAUGUCGUCCGCCUUCAGGAAAGCUGCGAAGUCGGGGCAGCGCCCGCACCGCGAGCGGGCCCAGCCUGCGGCGCGGCAGAAGCUGGGCUUGCUGGAGAAGAAGAAGGACUACAAGCUCCGCGCCAAUGACUAUCACAAGAAACAAAAUGCCCUCAGAGCACUUCAAAAGAAAGCUCUGGACAAGAAUCCUGAUGAAUUCUACUUUAAAAUGAUCCAUUCAGAGCUUCAGGAUGGAGUACAUGUAAUAAAGCAGCCAAAGGAUGAAGUCACCCCUGAACAAAUGAAAUUAAUGAGGACACAGGAUAUUAAAUAUGUGGAAAUGAAACGAGUGGCAGAAUCCAAGAAAAUCGAGAGGCUGAAGUCGGAGCUCCAUCUGCUGGGUGCUGCGGGGAAGGGUCGCAACAAGCACCUCUUCUUCUUCGACACCAAAAAAGAAGUUCAGGAGUUUGAUAUUGCAACUCACCUGGAUACUGUCCCAGAGCUUGUAGACAGAGUGUACAACCGACCAACUGUUGCCACAUUGCAGAAAGAGACACUGAAAGGAGCUACUGAUCCUGUCCACUUAAAGAAAUUAGCCCAGCAAAGGAAGAAUCAGUAUGACCUCUUGAAGCAGCGCAUUGAAAGAGAAAAGGCAAUGUUUGUUGUUGCACAGAAAAUCCAGACACGGAAAGACCUUUUGGACAAAACUCAUAAAGUAAAGGUGAAGAAAGAGACAACAACUAGUCCAGCUAUAUACAAAUUCAAAUUUCAGAGGAAACGUUAGCCAUUUGCCUUGGUAGUUGGAAGGGGGUUUCAACCCAGAACAAUGAAGAUGCAUCCUUGAGCCUCCUGGAGCUGUUGAGGCAAGUUAAGAGCCUGGGCGGAUACAUUCCUUCUCUUAUCUCGUACCAUGUCUGCCAAUAACAGCACAUGCCCAUGCAAGAUGGUGGGAAAAGAGAAAUGAAAUGCUCUUCUCAAGCUCCUUCCCCUUUGGGAGUUUUCCUGCUUCUCUUGGAUGAAAUGGGACUCUUUUUUUCCGUGCUGACAAGCGGCUUCAGACGUCGAUUCAGCCAUUGCAAAGAUUCCCAAGUUGGCAACAAUUGUGGGGUGAAUUUUUUUGUUCUGGGAAGGACUAAAAGAGUCAUUAUGCUUUGUUGUGAGGCUUUAUGCUUUGUUGUGAGGCAUUAUACUUUGUUGUGAGGCAUUAUGCUGUGUUAUUACCUGCACUUGAGCUGCUGUCCCGUGUGAUAUCACCAUUACCGGGUGCUCUGAACCAUCUGGCACCAACCAAACGCACUACAGGGACAAAAUUCCUCAUUUUCCUUCCUCAACGGGCAUGGAAGCUGCACUGCUUUUCCUCCCUGAGACUCACAUCCCCAUGACCUUCCUUCUCCCCCCUCUCCUUCCCUGGUUCUCCAUCAGGCCGCGGGCUGGGCCCGGCCGGCAGGUGGCAGCGGCGGCGCGCUGAGGGCUGAGAUCACCUCAGGGCCUGAGCCUCCAGCACUACCCUGUUCUCAUUUCAAAGCUUUAGGGGUCAAUAUUCAGAGCCAUGCCAAAAGAAGGCAUCCUAAAAGCAAGACUCUGAGGAAACUGCCUGAGUUGUGUUGUGAGAGCUUUGAAUUGUUUGGAAGACGUCGGUCAAAGCUCCCCUGUGACACUGGCUGGGUGUUCCUGAAGUGAAAUCUCUUUUACAUUGGGAUUGACAUGGAUAAAUAUUUGAUCCUUGUCCCUGGUUAAUUUUAAUCUGCAUUGAGAGGCUUAUUGGAAAGGAUGGGAAAGAAAACCCUGAAGGAGGGACUGGCAGGAGCUGGGAAGUAGCACCCUGAAUGAAGAAGAGCAUCUGCUGAGCCUGGUACUGGGAACACCUGGUGUGCCUCUGGUCUCAUCCAUACAUCGAGUAUUACAAUGGGCACAAAUGACCUAAUUCCUGGAAGAGAACCGACUCUUCCCAGUGAAAGAGCAAGAUGUGGGAUGCAGUAGGUAGCUGCAGGGCUUGGAGUGGUCAGUGCUCUCGCCAUAGAAGAUUAUCGAUUGAGUGCUGUGUAGUUCUCACCUGUCUGCGGGUGUGUGGGAGCUGGAAGCUUUCAGUGAAGACCUGACAGCUUAACAUUCACUGUACAGAAUAUGAGGAGCAAAAGUAGUGCCUGGUCUGAGUUCCUU